UGAAUUCAGCAUAAUUAGAUUGUAAAUGCAGUCACUAAUUUCCUCUAAUCAAGAAAUCACUUUUACUCACUUUAUGUACAUAAAUAACAUUUUCUCUUUUUAAAUGACACAUUCUUUUGUUUCUACUCUCCAACAAUAAUACACAAAAUUCUAUCAUGUUUCUUUUUUAAAAAAGAAAAGAACUUUAAAUUUCCUUGAAACUUGAAUAAACCAUUUUCUUACAUAUUCUUUCUGUUUCCUUUGUCAAAAAUAACUUCAUAUUUUCAACAUUUAAAGCCAUUUGCUUUUCUAUUUGUCUUUGCAUCUUGAAAAUCAACAUUGAUCAAUUCUAAUUCUUUCAUUGAAGUUAUGUGCUCCGAAACAAGUACUCCGCCGCGUCUCUCUUUCUCUCACAAUCUCUCUGAAUUUCAACUACAAAAUGAUGUUACUUGCAUAGAAAAAUUGUUGUUAGACUCAAAUUCUGAUUUUGAGUUUAACACAAGCAACAUCUUUGAAUUUGAAUCAUCUUCAGCUGAUGAACUUUUCUCUAAUGGAAUAAUUCUUCCAAAAAAACACACCCCUUUUGUGAAAUCUAAUCAUACAAAACUUCCUCCGCGUCCAUCGGCUUCAAAUGUUGACAAAAUGAAGAAAGAAAUGGAUCAAAAGUGGAUCUUGGCCCAAUCCGGAACAGACACCAUCAGAGAGCUUUUGGACGUGAGUUCUAAUAACGAGAAAAAAUCGCAUGCCAAGUCUUUUUGGGGGUUUAGUAGAAGCAAAAGUCUUAAUUGUGAAACAAAGAAGAAUUUGAGUUUUUCUUCACCUCUUUUCAAUAGAAGCAACUCAACGGGUUCGGCGAAAAAAACAAGUUCAAAUAAGCAAACAUCAUCAACAUCGGCUAAAUCAUCAUCGUCAUCGUCAUCAUAUUCAUGUUCUUCUAGCUUAAAUUUGCAUCCUAUGCAAAAAUCUAAUUCAGGUAAGAGUUAUGGAGGAUCUUAUGGAAAUGGUAAUUGGAUUAGUCCUGUCUUAAAUGUACCAACUCCUUGUGUUUCAAAGGGAAGUGCAAAUUUCUUUAGGUUUGGAUCAUUUUUAAGUGUUGGAAAGAAGAGUAAGAAGUGAUUUUAUUCAUAUGCAUAUGCUAUAGACAUUUUUAAGUGUUGUUAUUGUAAUUAUUAUUUUUGUUUUGAUCAAUGAAGUUAAUUAUAUUA